GAAAACAUAUACAAAAAUGAGGUUACCUGGAUGAAAAAUUGACGAGGCGGCCAGGUAGUCAUUUGAGUUUGCAAAGCGAUCCAGAAGUGGUGUCCGCCAUUCUGCGAACCGAUGAUGCAAAAUUCGUCUUUGAGGUCGCUGCUGUGAAAAGUUCCGGCACCAUGUUCACCAUUUUGCACAUUUGAGGAAUUGGAACCUCGCGCACCAACUUCAUGUGCUUGUCAUUGGUCUUGAACUGUUCACAGUGUCUCAACGAACGGCUAUGAUGAAAUGAGACUUGGUCACUAACUGUUGGACAGUUAGCGUUACCUUUGAUGAUGUCGUAGAAAAAAGUCAAUGACGCGUUGACACGUCGACGGCGAAGACUAAUCAUGUUCAAAUCUGACAAUCGCUGCUCGUACGGUGUGAUUGAGUAUUGGUUGUGCACGGAUGGGUAUUCUCGACGAGCGUACAUAGUGAAUUGGCGUUGCACGGAUUCAAUUUUGUCGCUGUGAAUUUUGUGGAAUGGAAGCCAUACCAUGGCGCAGUAAUCGAACUGAAAUUGAACUAAUGCAAAAUACAGCGACUUUAGUGUGGUAACGUUAGUGAUGUCAUGGCAGAAGCGCUUGACAAAGCCAAGUGCAGCCAUUGCCUUCGAAGUGACCAUGUCGAUGUGUUUGGCAAAAGAUAGCUUUCUGUCAAUUAGAACACCCAAGUCCUUGUGUUCAGUCACUUUGUCGAAGGUAUGGUCGCCAUAGGUGUAGUUUGUAUCCAAAUGCUGACGUUUCUUGUAGAUAGAUAGCACUGCACAUUUACAUUUCUUGAGGUUUAGGUGCAGCAAGUUCACAUCACACCAAUGCUUAAGUUUGUCGACGGCUUGUUGCAGUAUCUCUGCAUCUUGCUGAGAUUUGAUGACUUUGGCAAUUUUGAUAUCGUCGGCAAACAGUAAUAUCAUGAUGUCUGGGGGCAUUUGAUCCAUGAUGCCGUUGAUGAAUAGCAGGAACAGUGUUUUUCAGAACAGAUUGAAUGACCUCAAUUUUUGAAUCAAAAUGUUGUGAUCAACUCGAUCGAAGGCUUUCGUAAAGUCCGUGUACAGGACAUCAACUUGAGCUCCAAUGUUCAAGCCACUCUGGGCGUAGUACACAAACUCGGUUAGGUUUGAUGCUGUAGAUAGUCCUUUCAAAAGGCCUUGUUGGUUAGGCGAGAUGCGAUCAUGAACUGUUUCAAGCAAUUUUACGUUGACAAGGUGCUCGAAGAAUUUUGCGAUUGUUGGUAAUUUUACUAUGCACCUGUAGUUUUCAAUGUUUGAUCUGGCGCCCUUUUUGAAUAUGGGUGAUACACUCGAUCGUUUCCAUUCGUCGGGGAAAAAUUUCAGAUGAAAGCGACUCAUUGAAGAUUUUAGACCCAAGAUCCAAGCUUUGAGGGCGAUGAGGCACGGGUGAACGUUAUCUGAUCGCGCCAAAAAUUUACAAGUCUUUUUUUAUGGCCAACCCCCUAUGAAAAUGAAUCACCACAUGUGAAAUUCGAAAAUGACCCGAAAAAACCAUCCUAAAUAUCUAUCAGUGAGACUUAAAGAACGCAAGUUUGUCCAACUUCGUAGCAAUAAAGAGAAGUAUGUUUCAUUGCAACUAAUAAUGGUUAAAACAAUGUAUGUUCGUUUUUGGCGAUUCGUCAGGUUUUGCACGGUUUUCACGGAACUGAUAAGAGCUAACAACUUGGUGUCUCCAGUUAUCUCUUAUCUUUUAUCAGUUCCGCGAAAAGCGCGAAAAACGAUAAGGAAAAAAAUUCCAUACAAAAUUUGCUUUUUUAUGUGCGUGAUUUGCGUCCAACUGAUAAGAGAUAAGAGAAAACUGUCUUCAGCUAUGUUAUAGAGGACAUCGAGUACUACAAAUUUGCCGAAGACACCAUGUUGUUAUCGCUUAUCAGUUCUGCAUAAACCGUGAAAAACCGCGGAGGCUAGACGGUAUGCCAUCAUACUUUCUUUUAACGCAGAUAGAAUCAACAGGAAACAUACUUUCCUUCUCGAAAAUAUAAAUCAAGAAAAAAACAUACAUUCUUCUACGUCUCACGAAUAGAUAUAUAAUUAAUGUUUCAGGUUCCUGUUCAAAGGGUUACUAAAUAUCCAUUGCUUUUGGCGCGUUUGUACAAAGUGACACCAGGGCAUUUGGAGGGCCGCGAACGUCUUAAAGAGGCUCAAGAAAAUAUUGAAGCUCAUUUGUGUCGGAUGAACCGCGUGGCCCAGAACAUAUCCUCAAAACUAUGGAGACGUUUGUCAUCCAACCCAUUACGAGCACGUGAAAAUGAUAUUGCCAAUAUAAAACUGAGAAAAAUUGCAAUUGAUUGUCUGGACUGGAACAAUGAAAAGGUGCAUUUCAUUGUAGAAGGUAAACUACUCAUCACCCAUCCCACGGACAACAAUUGGAGAAAGGGCAAAACAAUCAAAUUAACUCCUGUGUGCGCUUUGUUAAUCACAAACGAAAUGACAUCAGCUGUAACAUCCGAUCAUUCCUUCGACUUGACGUUUCCACGGUACUCUCCAAAUAAAGAAGCUGCGUUCCUAUUGAUAAGAGAAAAGUCAAAUCGUUAUACAUUAUAUCGCGAACCAUUUUACUUGGAUCGUUGCGUUGUUUGUACAGAGUCAGAUUUGGCUGAGUACUUUGAGGUGCACGAAAUAGCUUCAAAGGAUAGUUUCGUUUUCAAGGGUUGGUUUCAGUCCUAUGGCGUACAAUACUAUUCGACGAUUCCACACCAAGCGGAACAAAAUUUGGAAGUGACCUCGCCGAUUUCGCUCAAACUUGGUGUAUAA